AUGGAAGAAAGUCAUGGAUCUGAUCAGUCUAUCUCAGCAGGGAGGCAAGAAAUUCGGAAGAGAAGACGACCCAGCCUGCCAAUGGUAGAUAAAUGCCAGCAGACAGAAGUGACAGAGAAGAAGAAACACAUGGCUGGGCCACAGUUACCUGGCCCCAAAGCUACCCUCAGUUUUGGAAAUAUUCCUGGAAGCAAAGAGAACUACUGUGCUAAAGAAUAUGAGUCUCUAAGAGUAUCUUGUCAGCUUCAGCAAACUUGGGUGAAGAGAAAGCAUGGGAUGGAAAUGACUGAUAAAUCUCUGCAGACAGAAACUGGUGUAGACAGGAAAAAGGGAAGCAAGUCAGUGUGUGCAACCAUGGAACCUGAAGAAAAGCCAGCCGAUGGUGAAGCAUCCCUUGACUUGCAAGAGAGAGAGGAGGUAGAAAUGUCAGCAAAAAGAAAACUAAUAGACAGAUCUCAGCAAACCAGCUGUACUGGAGACUGGAGCAUGAUGAAUAUUCCCUUCAAAGAAAAAGUGGACAAGGAACAGCAGACCUACUUCAGUGAGUUAGAAAUAACAUAUUUUUCCAUAGUAGGUAGUUCUCUUACAAAGUCAAAGGAAGGUGUGCAGAAACACAAACCCUCAGGAGAGAUUGCUGUUAGUGAACAUACUGAAUUUCAACCUGCAACCAGUAGCGGUGAUGAAACUCAGCGGAAAAGUAUCAGUGGGGUUCCACUUACUCAAGAAACUGACAAAGGCUCCCAUGUGCUUUCAGAAGAUGCUGCUAAGCAAGUGACUACUGUGGACCGUAGUUCUAUUCCUAAAGAAAGAGCUACAGCUGAGACAAAGUCCCUAUCAAGAGAAAAACUUGGUUCUGAAGUUCAGCCUCCAUCAUCUGAGAAGGCAGCAACAGAGGAGCCACAGCCUCCACCAUCUGAGGAGUCAGCAAUAGAGGCAGCCUCAGCUGAAGUUCGGCCUCCACCAUCUGGGGGGGUUGUAGUAGAAGAGAGCCAGCCUCCACCAUCAGAGAAGGCAGCAGUAGAGGAGGCCCCUGCUGAGGUCGAGGCUCCACCAUCUGAGAAGGCAGCCAUAGAGGAGGCCCCUGCUGAGGUCGAGGCUCCACCAUCUGAGAAGGCAGCAGAAGAGGAGGCCCCUGCUGAGGUCCAGCCACUGCCAUCCGAGGAGGCAGCAGUAGAGGAGGCCCCUGCUGAAGUCCAGCCUCCACCAUCCGAGGAGGCAGCAGUAGAGGAGACCCCUGCUGAAGUCCAGCCUCCACCAUCCGAGGAGGCAGCAGUAGAGGAGACCCCUGCUGAAGUCCAGCCACCGCCAUCUGAAGAGGCAGCAGUAGAGGAGACCCCUGCUGAGGUCGAAGCUCCACCAUCUGAAGAGGCAGCUGUCCAGGAGGCCCCUGCUGAGGUCGAGGCUCUACCAUCCAAAGAGGCAGCAGAAGAGGAAGCCCCUGCUGAGGUUCAGCCUCCACCAUCCGAGGAGGCAGCCGUCGAGGAGGCCCCUGCUGAGGUCGAGGCUCCACCAUCCGAGGAGGCAGCCGUCGAGGAGGCCCCUGCUGAGGUCGAGGCUCCACCGUCCGAGGAGGCAGCAGUAGAGGAGGCCCCUGCUGAGGUCGAGGCUCCACCAUCUGAGGAGGCAGCCGUCGAGGAGGCCCCUGCUGAGGUCGAGGCUCCACCGUCUGAGGAGGCAGCUGUCGAGGAGGCCCCUGCUGAGGUCGAGGCUCCACCAUCUGAGGAGGCAGCCGUCGAGGAGGCCCCUGCUGAGGUCGAGGCUCCACCGUCUGAGGAGGCAGCUGUCGAGGAGGCCCCUGCUGAGGUCGAGGCUCCACCGUCUGAGGAGGCAGCCGUCGAGGAGGCCCCUGCUGAGGUCGAGCCUCCACCAUCUGAGGAGGCAGCAGUAGAGGAUAUUCCUGCUGAAGCCCAGCCGGAGGCUGAGACAGAAGAGGCCCCUGCUGAAGAUCAGCCUCCACCACCUGAGGAGGCUGAGACACAGGAGGUUCCCGGUGAAGAGCAGCCAGAGGCUGAGACAGAGGAGGCCCCCGCUGAAGAGCAGCCUCCACCAUCUGAGGAGCCUGAGACAGAGGAGGCCCCCGCUGAAGAGCAGCCUCCACCAUCUGAGGAGGCUGAGACAGAGGAGGCCCCCGCUGAAGAGCAGCCUCCACCAUCUGAGGAGGCUGAGACAGAGGAGGCCCCCGCUGAAGAGCAGCCUCCACCAUCUGAGGAGGCUGAGACAGAGGAGGCCCCCGCUGAAGAGCAGCCUCCACCAUCUGAGGAGGCUGAGACAGAGGAGGCCCCCGCUGAAGAGCAGCCUUCACCAUCUGAGGAGCCUGAGACAGAGGAGGCCCCCGCUGAAGAGCAGCCUCCACCAUCUGAGGAGCCUGAGACAGAGGAGGGCCCCGCUGAAGAGCAGCCUCCACCAUCUGAGGAGGCUGAGACAGAGGAGGCCCCCGCUGAAGAGCAGCCUCCACCGUCUGAGGAGGCUGAGACAGAGGAGGCCCCCGCUGAAGAGCAGCCUCCACCAUCUGAGGAGGCUGAGACAGAGGAGGCUCCCGCUGAAGAGCAACCUCCACCAUCUGAGGAGGCUGAGACAGAGGAGGCCCCCGCUGAAGAGCAGCCUCCACCAUCUGAAGAAACCCCUGCAGAAGAGGCUCCAGCAGAUCCCGAGUCUUAA